ACUUUGAAAUACCCCACCGGAAGUAGGCUUUGGUUUAAAUAUAUAAGAAUUCAUUGUGCGUGGCCCACUGAUCUAUCCGCCAUUUUCGUGUACCUGGGUCUGACGAAGUGAUCACAGUGGUACAUAAAUUAGGUCACUUUUGAAAGUCACUUUACUCAUUCUUUUAAUCAAGAAUCCAGCUGUUUUCGCCGAAUACUCAACAGCGCAGGAAAAUGCCGAACGAGCAGGCCGAAACCACCGCCGAGAAAGCAGGCCAGCAGCCUGCUGCUCCUCAGCAGACACCGCAGCAGCAGCCGCCGCAGGGGUGAGUCCAUUCAUACAGCUCCCUUUGUUAGCAAGCUAAUGCUAACUGUUAUCUAAUUAUCUAAGAAUAGCUUGAAAAAAAACUGCUUCUUGACACUUGUGAGCAGUCAUGUUUGUUUGGAUGUUUUCUGAUUAAACAAAUAUUACAAAAUUUGAUGUAUUGUUUGUUUGUUUUUUAUGUUGCGAGUGCCUGAAGGCCCUAUCUAUGUGAUGAAACGAUUUGCCUUUUCAUGUUAUUGAAUGUUACCAAGCGUUUACAGCUCCAGACACGUAUCCGUUUCUCCCAUAAAGCACCUUUAGACAACAAAUUAUUCAGUUAUUUCCCGGUAGAUGUGGAGAUAACACCAAGUUGUGGAUUAAAGUGUGUUAGUCGCGGCCGCGCCAUGCGGCGUCUGUGCUGCCGCUUUGUUAGCAGACCAACAUUAACUCUCAUGGAUGUACAUUUUCUACUCUAGUAAACUUGAACUUGUUCAUGUCUAUAUUAACGCUGUAUGCAUGACUCUAGAUUCGUCGAAUACAUGUCACAACCAGUAAAUAGAUGGUUUUCUGUUUAAUCUUAGUCAGAUCGUCUAAUUUGUCCCUUCUAACCGCCCGUAAACUUUAACUCGUGGAAAUCUAAAUCUGCUUUAUAAGCUAUUUCUGCAGUUCAGUACAAAGGUCUUUUAAAAGUGAAUAACACAAAUCUUCCAUUCAAACUAUGUCUCUAUUCAGAGAAGUGAACGGGAAAGCCAAGCAUGAGCCCAACUCCAGCAGGAAGGAGAGGCCCCAGAAGAGAGGUGGAGGCGGGCGUUAUGAACCCUAUGGAAACGCCAACAGAAGAUACCGCGUUUUUGUCAGCAACAUCCCUUAUGAUGUGAAAUGGCAGGCUCUCAAAGACCUGAUGAAAGAGAAAGGUAAGGUGUUUGGGAGAAGGGGCUGAUUCAGCUUUAGAAAGUUAAGGUACCCAUGGCCAUUUCGGCCUGACCACUGCAGCUUUGAAGGGCUCUCGGGUAUUUGUGCAGGGUCUCUAUUUGAAGAACAGUGGUGUAAUCUCGUGGGAGUUAUUUGGAAGGAAGGUUAUCAGUGAGGCCCCCCUACUUGUCUGUCAACUCAGGAGUUGCUGCAGAUUUGCACGAGUUGUUUCAGUUUGAAGACUGAAGUCAGACUGAACAUUCAAAAUCCACUGAGAUCAAAAACCUUUUGUGGUUUUGGGAGGUGGAGGUUGUGCAUGUGCAAAGUAGAUCCACGAAUGGGAAAAUGAAAAUGAGUGGUGUACCCUGAGUGGUAUAAGAAUAAAUAACAAAGCUGUAAUAUUUUUUUUCCCACAAAUGGGGAACAUUCUUCUUAGUCUUUAUCAACAGUAAUAUCUAAGUCCUUGUGAUUUUUAUAAGUUGAAAUUUGGAUACAUGUCCAAGGAGGUCAAAAGUGAUGCAGCAACUUUGUCUAUUUGCCAAAAGCUCUCUUUUUAAAUGAACUGUGUGGAUUAUUAUGUGCUGUCACUGUGGGGAAAGUUCUUGAAGGUAUGGUGUAUUGGAGGUGAUGUAUCACACGUAAAUCACUCAAGUGGCAUUCAUUUAAAGUUAAAAGCAUGUGUGUAGAACGGUGCAAUCCUUUUCAUAGGAGUGCCUGGUAUUUGUUUUCUGACUGUCAGUUAAAUUGCAUUUUUCUUUUUUAGGAGUGUCCUUGACAAGCGAAUAUUUUCUCAGCAGAUCUCCAUGUUGUGCCAAACACGGCUAUGCGUUGGGGAUGUCUUUGGGGUACAGGUCUAUAAAAUGAAGCAACUUCUCACGCACUGUCCUUGUUUCUAGAGGUUUGGUCUCUGAUGUCUUGCAGUUGAACAGACACAGGAUCCGAGGAGGAGACACGGCUGUGGUCAACACGUAAUCUAAAUUCUGAUGGUCUUAGGAGAAGGUCCACUUUAAGAACAUGUUUGCAGUCUACAAGAGUGUGCCACCAUUUAGCACAUGAACAUUUCUGUAACUGCAGGUUUCCUCUUAUGUUCAGAGGAGGAGUGAAUGAUGUAUCAGUCUGAGGUUAAAAUGGGAACAUUUGAUAAGUAUGCCCAGGUUUGACAAUUAACUGGGUGGAGGAAUUGAUUGCGCGUCUCUCACUUGAAACUAUUAAGGCAAGCAUCUCGAGGUUCAAGGUGGUGUUCACGGCUAUAUAUCCAAAUAGGAGGGCUGAUGGCCGAUACAGCAGUUGUUGUACUAAGCCUAGUACCUUUGGUGCUUGGGUGCUUCCAACAAGGACAGGCUGAGAAGUGCAAUUUUCUUUAAAGACUCUAGCUUGCUUUUUGUAGACCUGUACCAUCUUGUGCUGCUGCAGAGGUGCUGGGGAAGGCUCAGGACCAGCGGUCUGAGCUCACUGUCACCGGCCACCCUGUUAGUGUUUCUGCUCUAAACCCCAAUUGUUCUCUCGGCUUCUCUCCCCUUGGUGUGUGUCGUCUCUGGAAUCUGAUUUGUAGUGGGUGAUGUUACGUACGUGGAACACUUAAUGGACGCAGAAGGCAAAUCAAGGGUAAGUGCAAAUACAUACAAAUAAAACUCAUGACUAUUCCUUGACAAACCUGUGUUUGUCAGCUUUGGUUCCUUAAUUUUCAUUGUUGGAACUGUUCAGAUACACAAACCUGGCGGAGUGUGUGUGAGAAGGUGACCCGCAGGAGGCGUGUUCUAUUUGGUGUCGUCUGUGGCACUGACUUGAGGUCCUCAUGAGGGUUGAUGCUUUUGUAACAGGUCUCCAGCUUUCUAUGUAGUCAAUCCUGUGGGAUUGCAGUAGUUGAACAUGUCCCUUUGAUGCUGAAUUUGCUGCCUAUGAACAGAAGUUCAGCCUGCAAGAGGUUGCUUUAAGGCUGUUCUGUUGGUUAAAUUGUACUCAUUCUGUAGCCUCCAAUGCCCCAGUAGAGUGGAAUCCUAUCUCACAGUGGAUAUUCUGCCCUUUUGGUGUUGGAAAAAUACUGCAUUACUCCAGUCUUGACUGCAUUGUGUUAGUGACUGUGGAAAAUGUGACAUCUUUACAUUGCAUUUUUAUUUGCAAGCAAAGUUGUGGCAAAGUUUGUAGACUUCUUUUGAUAAACAACAUUUUGUUGUGCAUGCAGUUCUCUCUUUUUUUACUGAGUAAAGUGCCAAUGAGGACCAUUGCCUAAACUAAUUUGACAUUUUCUUUACUCUUCUUGGUGCUGCAUUUCAUGACAUCUUCAAUCAACAAAGGGUUGUGCGUAAGUAGUCAAUUUUUUUUAUUUCCCGUCGUUUCUGUUGCAGUGCCACAGCUGGACUGAUUGGAAAUCAAAGCUUCUUUGACAAUUAAUUUAACUCAAAAGUAAUUUUUGGAAAGUGUAAUGAUGUAUUGUCCAUAUCUUUCAGUGUUGUUGAGUUUAGGAGUGAAGAGCUGAUGAAGAAAGCUGUGGAAAAGGUCAACAAGCAUAAUCUCAAUGGGAGACCCCUCAAAGUGAAAGAGGUAAGCUAUAAGAGGAAAUAUCAGGGCGAUAAACAGCACGAAAACAUGAAUGUUAAAUUUUAAAUUCCACAUAUAUUGUGCUUUUUGUUAGGACCCUGAUGGUGUGAUUGCUCAGAGAGAAAUCAACAAGGCUCAGGGUGGAGGACCCCCAGGAGGCCAUGGGGCAAUGGGCGGGAUGGAUCGGAUGAAUAUGGAUCGAAUGGGCCCUGGACCCAAUGGCCCCAUGGUUAACAUCCCUCCAAGCCUGAUGAACAACCCAAACAUUCCCAACGAGAUCAUUCAUGGGCUUCAGGCUGGCAGAAUUGGCAGCACCGUCUUUGUUGCUAAUGUACGGAUAAAAGAUAUUUGUCAUUCCAAUCAAUAAUCCUAUUAAACAUGAUAAAGUCAGCCAAAGUUGCUUUACAGAAAGUUUCAUUUUAAUUUAAUCAGUCUUAAAGACGACAAGUAACCUUUUCUGAAAUUGUUGAUGUUUGCAGCUUGACUACAAAGUGGGGUGGAAGAAGCUGAAAGAGGUUUUCAGCAUGGCUGGUAUGGUGGUGAGGGCUGACAUCCUGGAAGACAAGGACGGGAAAAGCAGAGGCAUGGGAACAGUGACAUUUGACAUGCCCCUUGAAGCAGUCCAAGCUGUCUGUAUCCUUUUUGGAAAAAAAAAAAACAUGUCUGAAUGGAACAAAGUGAAUUCACUGUUAACUCUGUAGAAUCAAAAAAUGUUUCCACUGUGCUUUCCUUAAUGAUGUCUAAGCUAUGUUCAAUGGGCAGCUGCUGUUCAACCGACUCAUGCACGUUAAACUGGUGAGAAUCCGAAACUCCCUUUUACAUGAUCUCAGAGUCAUAAGUGGCGCAGUCUAAAUCUGUUUAUGUCUAUUUUCUAGGAUGAAAAAUCAAUGCCUAAAGAUUUUGGACCAGCUGAGAGAGCAGCAGCUCUUCCCCGUAAGUACACUUGUGAAUAGUUUCACGUAUGUAUUUAAAAAACUUAAAAGCAACAACCUCUGCAUUCAGUCAUUCACAUUUUAUUCAUUUGGUGUAAAGUUAAAACAUCCAAGGUGCCAACUGUUGCUCUUAAUUUUGUCCCCUAUCAACAUUGGGUGGUCUAUCAAAAGAAAGGACUGGGUCACCUAACAUGUUGAACAUGUAAAUGUAACAAUUUCUUCAAAUUGCACCAUUUUUCUCUACCCAGGUGGCCUGAGUGGUAUUGGUUUGGGUCUAGGACCUGGUGGGCAACCCAUUGAUGCAGCUCAGCUCAACAGAGGAAGUGGUGGAGGAAUGGGCAACAUGGGUCCUGGAGGUGGAUAUCUAAAAUGUUUCCAGUUUUUGUUUAAAAAAUGUGCUAGUGGAAUGAUGAGCUAAUUAACUCCUCUUCAACUUCUUUGUAGGAAUGGAUGGAAUGGGCUUCGGCAACAUGGGAGGUCGCAUGGGAGGAGGAGGAGGAGGUGGAGGAGGUAUGUAAUGAAGUCUUUUGGUGACUAUGGCCCCAACUGUGAUCACGGCUACAGACGCACAUAUGCAACAUAAUUGCAUAAUAAGUACUUAUUAUCCUUAAUGUGUUAAGUAUGGAGUGUAUCAGUAGGCAAAUCCUUAGCCAAUUACAGUAACUCACUAAAUGGAACUGAAGUAAUUCCAGCAGUGAGUUACAAAACAGUGCAUCAAUUAUAAUACUAAUAGGAAAAGCAUAGAUUAAGAUUUUUUCUCUUGUCUUUCAGGAGGAAUGGACAACUUUGGAGGCAUGAACAACAUGGAUCGUUUCGGUUCUUCAGGAAUGGGCAGAAUGAAUGGUAAGGACCCGUUUGCGGUGUCAGUCACUACAAGGCAAGCGUGAAACACUCUCGCGUCUUGCUGGACAUUUCUAAUGGUUUCAUCUCUUGCAUUGUCAGAGAUGGACCGUGGGAUUGGUGGUGCUUUUGACAGGGAGUUUGGGCGAAAUGAAAUGGGAAUGUCUCGCAAUAAUUUUGGAGACUCGUUUGAAAGAGGAAUGGGUUAGUAUGUUCAGGAUUAUGUUGGAAAUACUUGUGACAGCCAACCUGGAGAGCCUUGUCAGAGGCAAUGCCAACUCAAUAUCAGGACAGCCAUUUAACCCUUUGCAUUUUUUCCCUUGUAUAGGAAACAACAUGGGUAUGGACCGCAUGAGCUCUGGAAUGGACCGCUUAGGAUCCAGCAUGGACCGCAUGGGUGGGAUGGACCGAAUGGGCAUGGACAGGAUGGACCGUAUGUCUGACCUGGAUAGGCUUGGUUCAGGGUUUGACCGUAUGGGCUCAGGGAUGGACAGGCUGGGGCCCAGUAUGGACAGGCUUGGACCUGGCCUAGACCGUAUGGGCUCCAGCAUGGACCGCCUUGGCCCAACUGGGUUUGAUCGCCUCGGUUCCUCUGGGAUGGAUCGCAUGGGCUCUGGCAUGGACUUUGGCUCCCCAAUGGGUAUUGAUCGCAUGGGCAACACUGGGCUUGACAGAAUGAGCAGCAGCUUCGACCGCAUCGGCUCAACUGGAGGACUUGACCGCUUCCCCUCAGGUGGUCUUGACCGCAUGGGCUCAGGCUUGGAUCGAAUGGGAUCUGGAGGUGUGGGUGGUCAGUUUGAUCGCUCUGCUGACAUGGACCGUGGGUUUGGUGCAAACGCCUUUGGAGGAGCUGGAGGACCUGGAACUGGGGGCAGCAAUGUCAGAAAGGGAUGCCAGAUCUUUGUGAGAAAUGUAAGUGUUUUUUUCUUUGUGGUCAGUUUAACAGGAAAUGUUCAGUUGUUUUCUUUCAUGAAUAAUAAUCCAUUUUUGAUGGUUGGUUUUCAGCUGCCCUUUGACUUCAGCUGGAAGAUGCUGAAGGAAACUUUCAACACUUGCGGUAAGACUGGCCUACACUGUUGAACAAUGUUUGCCAUGGAGCACAUGCAAUAUUCAUACGCCUAUGUACUCACUGUUUUAUUUUUUACAGGCAUUGUGCAGUAUGCUGAUAUAAAGAUGGAGAAUGGCAAAUCCAAAGGCUGUGGUGUGGUUCGCUUCGACAGCCCUGAGACCGCAGAGCGUGCCUGCAGGACCAUGAACGGCUAUCGCUUGAAUGGAAGAGAGAUCGAUGUCAGGAUUGAUAGGAAUGCUUAAGUCAUUCGCCUGUCAGCCUAUGGCAUUUUGUUUAGCCUCUGAUGUCAAACACUCUUAUCAUCUGAAUUGCUGUUAGGCAUAUUCGUUCUGUAUUCAUAUUCACUUGGUUUGUUAGAUAUAUGUAACAGUUGUAAUGAUGUUUUAGGAAGUGAUAUGUUACCUAUGGUGUUUGUUUUUGCUUAAAUUUUACUUUUUUUAGAGACCAAAUUUUAAUUUUUUUCUGUCAUGCUUCACUUAUCAUUGCCUUUGUUCUGUGUCAUGGUUUUGAUAAAUAAACCUCGAUAUUUGAAGUGCU